AUGGAACAAAUUAAUAAAAAUAAUGUCUCUCCAUUACCUAAGCAAUCGACAAGCUCUACUUUAACAGUACCUAAAAUGGCCUUUGGUAGCUCUAUGAAAACUGCUCAUGAUAAUACUUUUUCACACCAUGGUUUUUCGUCACAGCAAAUCUACCCUGAUUCAACAAGUGGUGUUUUUAAUAAUUUAUCUCAACAAGAUACUUUCAGUACUGAAGAGUCUUAUAAUAAUAUAAUAACUGAUACUACAUCUUUUCCACCACUCGAAAAAGUUUUAAUGAAUAAAACUGGCUCUCCACUAUCUCAAUAUAAUUUCUAUUCUUACCUUCAACAAGAAUGGCAGGGUGAAGAGAACUUAAAUUUCUGGUUAGACGUUGUGACUCAUGAGAAUUUAUUUGAAUCAUGGCGGGAUGUUGAUGAUACUGGAACUACUUCCGUAGAUUCUCAAAAUCCUGUGAUGUCACAUAAUCAUAUAUCAUCAACACAAUAUGGUCAUGAAAUCGCAAUUCCUGAAAACUAUAAAUCAAGGAGUUAUAGUCAGCUGAAAAUUGUAAAACGUGUUGACGAAGAAGAUUUAACUAAAUCUGCUUUGAAUAUAUAUAGAAAAUAUGGUCACAUGAGUAUUCUACCUGAAGAAAAUCGAAAUACAAUGGCUGAUCUUAUCGAACGCCAAGGAAGAUAUAAUCCUGUAGUAUUUUCUUCGGCGAAAUCUUAUGUACAUCAUAUAAUGAAUGUGAUAUAUUUCCCAAAAUUCAUUCAAUCUGCUGUCGAAAUGAAUAUAACUCAAGUUCAUGCUAUACUUGCUCUUCCUUUGGGGAUAAUGUGCCUAACACUUGGUUUUUCUUUGGAUCUUUAUUAUAUAUUUAUGGGAUUAGAGAAUCGUUUGAUUCGUUUUUAUGGUUUUCCCGCUAUAUGGCUUGGGUGGAUUUUUCUUCAAACCGCUGCAACAAGAUUUUCUCCUAUCUUUAGUAUUUUUGGAGUGAGUGAAUGUAAAUUUUUAAAUUUCCACAAAAUUCGAGAAAGGUCCGUUUUAUUGGCUCAUCGUAAACGAUUCUUAAAACUUAUAAUGUGGGAUACUCUUGCAUCGAUAAUAACUGUUGGAAUACUAUUUCUAAUUCCUCCUAUUUCUCUUUAUGAGAAGUCAUAA